UUGUUUUGUUUAGUGCUCAUAUUGCUCAAGGUGCAGUGCGUGGUACGUACUCGGUGUCCGGUGUUAUGUAAACGAACAGGUCGGUGAAAUGAACACAUUGAAAAUGUUGACCUUAAAAAUAAAUAAGUCCAAACAGCCAGUGGCUCUCUAAAUUUCAUUAAUGGCAAUUAAUUAAAUUAAAACUAAAAAUAAAUUACCUGUUGUUGGGUACAUAUUAGCAAACAGAGUAAUAGAAUCACCGCCUACUCUACAGUAACGUGCGAAUAUACGUCGGUCAUAGACAAAAAACAAAAACAUUUUUGGCUCUUGUAACUGAACCAUUUAAUCGAUUUUAUUCACUUAUUUAUUCGGUUUUCCGCCUGCUUGAUUUGUUUUGUUUACUAUUCGAUAGCGGUAAGCGGUACCUACAACGCGAGUCAGUGUAAAUUCAAUUUUCAAUUCAGUAAAGUAAUUCAGUAAUCAGUCAAGUUUCGUUCUUGGAGGUCGAGUUUAGUGAGUGUAGUGUAUAGGUACUGCCAUUUAAUUAUAUUUAUGGAUAGCCUUUGGCGUAACUAAACAGCAAGGAUAAAAUUAUCAAUUCAACUCCAACCAUUUCCUCUGUACUCAUGUUCUUGCCCGCACCGUGAUGAGUGAAUUUAGGCCUAAAUUCUUAAAGCCUUCAGAUACCACUAGUUUUCUGGAUAGGGAUGAUUCCUACAGCGUAGAGACCACAGAUUUCGUUUACAACAGAUAUUUGUCUCAGUCCAUUCAAACGCAAAGACAGAGGUUGCCCAUUUUCAAUAACAGAAACCAUAUACUUUAUCUUCUGGAGAAGUAUCAAACUUUGAUUCUAAUCGGAGAAACUGGCUGCGGAAAGAGCACUCAAAUUCCACAGUACAUGAUAGAGGCGGAAUGGCCGGGACAAAUAGGAGUGUGCGAACCGAGAAGAGUGGCGGCUAUUUCUUUGGCUAAUAGGGUAGCGGAUGAGACGGGCACUCUCGUGCAGCAAGAUACUGUUGGAUAUGCAGUUCGAUUCGAUGCUUGCUACAACAAACCAAAAAUUAAGUAUAUGACAGAAGGAAUACUGCUCAGAGAAAUGAUGUCUGAUCCACUUCUUAAAGGUUAUUCUGCAAUUAUGUUGGACGAAGCUCACGAAAGAUCAUUAUACACAGACAUCUUGAUGGGUUUGAUGAAGAAAAUACUAAAGAGACGUAAAGAUCUUAGACUUAUAGUGGCCUCAGCAACUUUAGAUGCCAAAGAGUUACAGGACUUUUUCAAUAAUAAUACCACCGAUGAUAAGAAAAACGAUACUGCCGUUAUCAUGUCAGUAGAAGGACGACAAUUUCCUGUUGAGAUAUUUUAUGUAGCUGAGCCAGUCCCAUGUUACGUACAAGCAUCAGUAGACAGUGUUCUUAAAAUUAACGCGUCCAAAGCAACAGGUGAUAUCCUGGUGUUUCUAACCGGCCAAGAAGAAGUGGACCGAGCUGUGAGGUUGCUAAACGAACACGCCAAUUUGAUAGAAGAAUCUAGAAAGAAGGAAAAUAUGAUGGUACUGCCCAUGUAUGGUUCCCUACCACAUCACGAGCAACUGAAAGUCUUUAAACCUCCGCCUAAUGGUUACAGAAAAGUUGUAGUUGCGACCAAUGUGGCUGAGACUUCAGUUACUAUACCUGGAAUCGUUCACGUGAUCGACUGUGGAUUUGUUAAGCUUAAAUGGUACAACACAGAAACUCACACUGAUAGUUUGGUAGUACUCCCAAUCAGCAAAUCCUCCGCGGCUCAAAGAGCUGGUAGAGCUGGAAGAGUGAGAUCUGGUAAUGUGUAUAGACUCUACACAGAAGAAGAGGCAGCAAAACUAGCAGACAACACUCCACCUGAGAUGGUUCGCAGUAACUUGACUUAUGCAGUAUUACAAAUAAAGGCCUUAGGGAUAGCCAAUCUACUCAAAUUCAGUUUUCCUAGUCCACCUCCUAUUGAGAAUUUAAAGAGUGCCUUAGAAAUUUUGUAUGCUUUAGAUGCGAUAGAUAUUGACGGAGAGUUAACUAAACCGAUAGGUUAUAAUAUGGCUGAAUUUGCGCUUGAUCCACUAUACUCAAAGGUUCUACUUAGUUCAGGAGAUUUUGGCUGUUCUGAAGAGAUCCUCACCAUCAUCGCCAUGCUUCAAGUGGAAACAGUAUUUACAAAACCUACUAGUGGUAACUCAAUUAUAAGAGCUAGGAUUCAAAAACGACUAUUUGAAGUGGAAGAAGGAGAUCUAAUAACGUACUUGAACGUAUUCAAUGGUUUUAUUCAAAGCGAAAUGUCGCAAGGAUUUUGCCACAAGAAUUUUUUGAGCUACAAAAGUUUAAAAAGAGUGGUGGAAAUACGAAAGAGGUUGGAGAAGAUGAUGAGAAGUUAUGGAAUUCCUAUUGAGUCUUGUAUAAGGUCAACAGAAACUAUUCGAAAAUGUUUGGUGAAGGGGUUGUUUCCAAAUGCUGCCUAUUUACACCAUAGUGGUGUUUACAAAACAAUCAGGGGAGAUAUUGAACUUUUUGUACAUCCUGAUAGCGUUUUGUAUACUAUGCCUCAACCGCAAUGGAUUUUAUUUUGUCAAGUAGUGCAUACAACAAAAUUGUACAUGAGAGACUUGACAGUGAUUGAAAGUGACUGGUUAUUAGAAUUAGCUCCUCAUUUUUACUACAAGACAACAUUCCGUGAAUAAAUAUAAAAUAUUGCAA